UCCCCCGGUUCGGGUACCCGCUCAACCAACUAAAAACUGAAUGACUACUUGAAAAGAAGCACCUUCGUCACAAUCCUUAACCAGAAAUCGACCAUACGAGGUUGUGGUCGCAACCCUGCUCGCAGCACCCCCAGAUUCGACUACCCAUAGCUCAAACAUUCAAAAAACCCAUCUUUUUCACUAUCCCUAAAUUUAAUCAUCUCCCUCAAUAUUCUUCACCGUGUAACACCAGUUAGGGUUUUCUCCCUCACUGAAAUUCCGUCACAAAAACCAACCAAUUAACCAGCAAUGUCAAAGAGGAAGUUCGGAUUCGAAGGUUUCGGCAUAAACCGCCAAUCAACCUACAGUUUCGAACGAUCUCAACCUCCUCAGCGACUCUACGUCCCUCCCUCCUCUCGUAAAACCCACGACAACUACGAGGAUAAUGACCUAGACAACAUCGAGUACGACGAAGAUGCCAGAGAAGAAGCCAGCAACAACAACAACGACGACAACGACAAUAAUAAUGGCGGUGGCGGUGGUGGUGGAGGUGAGGAGGAGGAAAUCGAUCCUUUGGAUGCUUUUAUGGAAGGGAUACACGAGGAGAUGAAGGCAGCGCCGGCACCGAAGCCGAAGGAAAAGGUAGAAGAUAGAUACAGAGACGAUGAAGAGGAUCCUAUGGAGAGUUUUUUGAGGGCGAAGAAGGAUUUAGGGUUGACGUUGGCGUCUGAUGCGCUGCAUGCUGGAUAUGAUUCUGAUGAGGAGGUUUAUGCUGCUGCUAAGGCUGUGGAUGCUGGUUUGAUUGAUUAUGAUUCUGAUGAUAACCCUAUUGUUAUUGAUAAGAAGAAAAUUGAACCUAUAGCUCCCCUUGAUCAUACUGAAAUUGAUUAUGAGCCUUUUACUAAGGAUUUUUAUGAGGAGACACCUUCAAUAUCAGGUAUGAGUGAGCAAGAUGUACUUGAAUAUAGGAAGAGUUUGGCUAUUCGGGUGUCAGGUUUUGAUGUUCCUAAGCCAGUUAAAACAUUUGAGGACUGUGGGUUUGCUUCACAAAUUAUGUCUGCUAUAAAGAAACAAGGUUAUGAGAAGCCUACGUCUAUACAAUGUCAAGCUUUACCGGUUGUGCUUUCUGGUAGAGAUAUCAUUGGCAUAGCAAAAACUGGUUCUGGUAAAACUGCUGCUUUUGUGCUUCCUAUGAUCGUGCAUAUCAUGGAUCAGCCUGAACUUCAGAAGGAGGAAGGUCCUAUAGGAGUGAUAUGUGCACCUACCAGAGAAUUAGCGCAUCAGAUAUAUCUAGAAGCCAAGAAGUUUGCUAAAGCAUAUGGUAUACGCGUCUCUGCUGUCUAUGGUGGAAUGUCAAAGCUUGAACAAUUCAAAGAACUCAAGGCAGGCUGUGAGAUCGUUGUUGCUACUCCUGGGAGAUUGAUAGACAUGCUAAAAAUGAAGGCAUUGACAAUGCUGAGAGCAACUUACCUGGUACUUGAUGAGGCUGAUCGAAUGUUUGAUUUGGGAUUUGAGCCACAAGUAAGGUCCAUUGUUGGUCAGAUUAGGCCUGACCGCCAAACUUUGCUCUUUUCUGCAACAAUGCCUCGCAAAGUUGAAAAGUUAGCCAGGGAAAUCCUUUCCGAUCCUACCAGAGUGACAGUGGGAGAGGUAGGGAUGGCAAAUGAAGAUAUUACUCAAGUUGUUCAAGUAAUUCCUUCCGAUUCUGAGAAAUUGCCGUGGCUUCUGGAGAAGCUGCCUGAAAUGAUCGAUCAAGGUGAUACAUUAGUUUUUGCUUCCAAGAAGGCCACUGUGGAUGAAAUCGAAUCACAAUUGGGUCAGAGAGGCUUUAAAGUUGCUGCCCUACAUGGUGAUAAGGAUCAAGCUUCUCGUAUGGAUAUUUUACAAAAGUUUAAGUCUGGCACUUACCACGUGCUUAUUGCAACUGAUGUUGCUGCUCGUGGUCUUGACAUCAAAUCAAUUAAAACAGUGGUCAAUUUUGAUAUUGCUAAAGAUAUGGACAUGCAUGUCCAUCGCAUUGGAAGAACGGGGCGUGCUGGUGACAAGGACGGAGUUGCAUACACUCUUAUAACUCAUAAAGAAGCACGGUUUGCUGGUGAAUUGGUUAAUAGUUUAGUUGCUGCUGGUCAAAAUGUAUCCACGGAGUUGACAGAUCUUGCCAUGAAGGAUGGGAGAUUCAGGUCGAAACGUGAUGCGAGAAAAGGAGGUGGGAGAAAAGGCAAAGGCAGGGGUGGCGGUGCGGGUGGCAAAGGCGUGCGUGGGGUGGAUUUUGGCUUGGGCAUUGGAUAUACAACAGAGUCAAACAGUGCACCAUCUAACUCAGUUCCAAACCGGUCCGCCGCUGUAAAUUCUCUGCGAACAGGAAUGAUGUCCCAGUUUAGGAGUAGCUUCGUUGCCGCAUCAUCAAACUCCCAAAAUGGAGGACUCGGUAAUAAUCCAAUCAUGGCUGUUAAUAAGAGACCAGCACUUGCCGGCUUUGUAUCUGGUGGAUCAAUUGGGGGCGAUAUAAAUACUCAUCAGCAAACUUCUUCUUACAAUCCUGCUACAUCAACCGUAAAUUCCACCGCUCAAAGUCCCGGAGUAAAUCCUGGUCAGAACAGCACAAACAGUAGUUCCAAACCUAGAGAAAGGCGGAGGCCAUCUGGGUGGGAUAGGUAGUUUGUUGUCGGCACCACCGUCACAUGAUGUAUGAAUGCUCGCUCAUAUUUAUCGUUGAAGUGUUGGUUUCAUUUGUCAUGUAUUAUCAAAUGAUAGAGCAGAGUAAACAGAAAUGAAAAACAUUGUGGGAAUUGUAUUGAAAUAUUGAAAAAGGAGGGCAAACAAAGUCUCAUACAAAUAUUCCUAAGCCAAGGCUCCUCUGUUUACCUCUAUGUGUUGUACCAGAAUAACGAUUGGAAAAAUCCUAACUAAAUGGUCUUUGUUGUAAGGGAGCAAGUUAUUAGAAGAUCUUUGUAUA